AUGUUGGAAAAUAAACGCGAAUCGCGUACAUUACGCGUACGAAUUACACGCUACCCUCCCCUGGACCCGUCCAUCCGCUUCCUCACAUACGAGUGGCUCGACGAGCCCGGAGGUCUAGCAGACUCCCUCACUGGCCUCGCCACUGCCUUCGCCUGCGCGCUGCUCACCCGCCGAGCCUUCAUUCUCCGCCACCCACUCCUGCCGCUUGCGUUCGCGCCGAACCUCAUCGACUGGUCGUUCUCACCGGACAUUCCUGUGGAGCCGGCUCGGCGGAUCGUAGUGAAAAGGGGAGUGCUGUUUGUGGAGCCCGAGGAGUUCUUUGCGCUGCUCGACAGAGCCUUGAACGUGCGCCUCUCGUGGAACAGAGGCCUGCUCACCUACUGGCUCGCACAGGCGGUGGAUAAGAAGUGGAGUGACCGCCUCAAGGCCAUGGCCAUGCGCCCUCCAUACGCCUUUGGCUGCAUUCUUCGCUUCCUUCUCAAGCCACAGCCAGAUGUGAUCGCAAAAGCCGAAGCCAUGUACCACAGCCUCUUGUCCACUCCCGCCCCCUCCUCCCCGCUCCGCCAACCUCAUUCUGCAGCGGCCGGCCACUCAGGUGCCUCUGAUGGCGCCUCAAGCCACAGGGUGGCGGUGGUGGGCAUUCACCUGAGGGCAAACGACACGUUUGUGUGGGAGGGCAAGGAGGGCUUUGGGGAGCCCAAGGUUCUGAGCGACAGGGAGAGGGGCGUGCUGAUGGCGUGGGCGGAGAGCUACAUGGCAUGCGCUGAGAAGCUGGAGUUCUGGUGGAUGCCCCCUCCGACCAGCGUGAGGUGGCUUGUCAUCAGCAACUCACGGCAACUCAAGGAAGACCUGAAGCGCAAAUACCCCCACAAGGUGGUGGCAUCAGACAUUCUUCCGGUACAUGCCAACACUUUAAAGUCCACCAUACAUAUAGUGGCUCCUUUUGGCAUCAACGGAUGCUCUAGUUCUAUCAUACUCUGGGUUUUCUCAUAG